AUGAGUAAGGAUAAUAGGUUAGCAAGUAUUUUGCUGCAGCCUGUAGCAUCAUCCUCUGGAAAUUGUACUGAAUUCCAUGACUCAAAGUUGCAUACUCUGCAAGAGGAACUUAAUUUCUUGCCACUAGAAGGAGUUGCGUCGAAUGUUUGCCCGCCGAUGUUUAGAGGUCAUAAGAACUACGUGUUUGUGUUAUAUUGUUUGAAUCAAGUCGAUCUCGUUACGAAUUUGCAGGAUUCUACAAAACGUUACUACCCACUGCAAAUAUUUAAAGAUUGUCAAUUGAGUUCUUUGGUUCAGAAGGAUUUUUCACACUAUUUCCAACUCAGCAGGCAAAAGGAAGGGGAAGAUCGGAACGAUAGUGAUACCACCUUGGUUAAUGUCGUCAAUUCUGGAGUAUCCCGCCAUAGAAGUCAAUUACUAAAGAUGUGUAUUAUACCUAGAAUUUGUUCCUUUGACAAAUCCAACUCCAAAACCUACAAGCUAAUUCAGGAAUAUGUUAAUCGCUUUGAAACCGUUUUAACAAAAUUUGGCCCAGAAAAAGAUUUCACCAAAGUUUACGCUAACUGGUCAAAACUCAUUGAGUCGUUUAAUGAGCUUAUUUUACAUGACCUGUUGGUGAAAUGGCAACAAUGGUCUGAAUUAACUCAGCCAAAUGCCACGGUCCAUCAGAACAUUCCGAAUGUUCUCAGGGAACUCGUAAUAAAAUUAACACAAAGGUACUUUACAUUCCAACCUUCAUACAGUUGUUCGAUUGAUGAAUUCACAACAAUUUUACUUAAUAAAAAUGCUUUGAGUCUCUUGGACGUUUUCAGAAAACCCAGAAAAUAUAAACUGAAUUUUGGUUUAUGGCUAGAUUGUCAAAACGGUAUUUUAAUUUUUACAAAUGGUAUUGUGCAGAUGGCAGAUGAAAUUACAAGUGAGAGGGUGAAAUCCUUUGUCAGGCCAGCACAUCUCUUGGUAUUGGAAGACCAUUCAAAUGAUGAAGCAGUCAAGAAACUAAUGUUUUUCACUUUUUCAGCGAUAUUACAAUGCUUUACAGAUGAGAUUCUGAAUUGUUAA